CAAUACUGCGGUGAUGAUUUGCAAGUUGAUAAACAAAGAUCUGGAUCCGAGUUUUAGGAAACAGCUUGAAGGGUUCCUACUGCAGUUGCCUCACCACAACGCAAGAUUCUCUGCUCGUGGAUUUUUCCAGAUCCAUAAUGAGACCCUCACAUCAAUGGCUGGAGCGGUGACAACUUACCUGGUGAUACUGAUCCAGUUCCAGACUGAGAAGUAAUCCACCUAGACUAGUCCACUCUAGAGAAACAUUCAUUUUGAAAAAAACUAAAUGUGUAAUUCUUAAUAAGUAGAUUCUUACUAGUUACAUUUGUAGUAUAAUCCAGAAACUACAAAUU